GUCGCGGUGCUAUGGAAUAAAGUACAGGGAGCUGUAAUCCGAAUUGCUAUCUUAAAGGCGCAGCUGCAAGAAGACACGUUGCUUGCUUCUCCAGAGAAGAUUAGUAUUAUUUGCAAACGGGAAGCAGUGGAGAGGCAAGCUCAGAACCUUUCUUCAAAGAAGAAAAACUGCACCCAGUCCCUCGCUGCUGUGAUUUUCCUAAUUCUUUUUCCUCGGAAACCAGAGAAAGCAACAGAAGGGGAUAUUCUCCAGAGUCGGUGCGGACUGCACAGGGAGAAAAGAGCAGUGUGAUCCGUUUUUCUCCACCGUGCCUGAGGGGAAAGAUCGGGAGGAGCCAGCCAGCAAAAAAACAGAAGCUGACCUCUAAGCCCUGAACAGAGAAGUGGGCGGCUCCCUGUGCAAUCUAGAAGUGCUGCACGCAGCGCCUAGAUAAGAGAGCAGCGAGACUCGCCCGGCCUUCUUUCUGCCCUGCCCUGUAGCGCGCCACGGUGCCCUAUAGAAAUCGAGAGGAGGAAGCAGCUCGGGGGCCAAGCGGCGUCUCGACCUCCCUGCUGGAGCAGCACACCAACAGGGCGGGCUUGGCGAACCUGGCCAUGGCGGCGAUCCGCAAGAAGCUGGUGGUGGUCGGGGACGGGGCGUGCGGCAAAACGUGCUUGCUGAUCGUCUUCAGCAAGGACGAGUUUCCGGAGGUCUACGUGCCUACAGUCUUCGAGAACUACGUGGCCGACAUCGAGGUGGACAGCAAGCAAGUGGAGUUAGCUCUCUGGGACACGGCGGGACAGGAAGACUAUGACCGCCUGCGCCCCCUCUCUUACCCGGACACCGAUGUGAUCCUCAUGUGCUUCUCGGUGGACAGCCCCGAUUCCUUGGAAAACAUCCCGGAGAAGUGGGUGCCCGAGGUCAAGCACUUCUGCCCCAACGUGCCCAUCAUCCUAGUAGCCAACAAGAAGGAUUUGCGCAACGACGAGCAUGUGCGGAACGAGCUGGCGCGCAUGAAGCAGGAGCCGGUCCGCACCGAAGACGGCCGAGCUAUGGCCAUCCGCAUCCAAGCCUACGAUUACCUCGAGUGCUCAGCCAAGACCAAGGAAGGCGUGCGAGAGGUCUUCGAAACGGCCACGCGAGCCGCCUUGCAGAAGCGCUACGGCACCCAGAACGGCUGCAUCAAUUGCUGCAAGGUCCUAUAAUAGGUGGGGGAGGGCUGUUUUGGAGGGACUGGGCUGGAUUGGGAAGCCCGGUGCAAGAGGAUCGCACGCAAAACAAGCGGGGGUAGGACUGCACUCGUCCGGAGGGGGAGGGGAGGGGACAGAGUCCCUGUGUCCCCCGGGCAUGGGGCGGGGGCUUUGAUAAUGUAUGGUGGCGAACCCCUUGCAAACGCAUCGCCCCGUCUACUGACACUGAGAGGCAACCGAGCCCACUUUGCGAAAGGGCUGCUGAGAGACUUGAAUGUAUUCUGUUCUCCCCGCCUCCCCCUUUCCUUGCUGUGGAGGACUGUUCACUCCUUGCUUUCUGCACCAAGGCACGUGGGAAUCCUUGCCGGGAUCAACUGUGGUGGACGUUCUAGAACUCUAAAAAUGGUGGUGUUCCUCCACACUGCCUCGAAAGAACUACCGCUUAAGAAUACAGACUCUACCAUGGCAGGCAGGCAGAUUUGCUCUCUCCUCUCCUCGCCGGUUCCUCCCACUCCUCUUGCUGUGAAUGGGUAUUUUCCUCGAGGCUUUAGAUUGAGGGGUGGGGAAGACUCUGGGAGGAGGGUGGGAUGUCUGCUGUGUGUGUAAAAAUAUUCUCUUGUUCGAACUGGGCAUGGGAUACCUAAGUGACGUGGCUUUAUUUAACACUGGAUUGGGCCCCAACCUCUCUUGAGAGUUAUUCCAGUUAAAGAAAAGCGCAGUCUUCCCCCCCACCCCCAUCUUCCUCCGUGAUGAAAAGCUUUUGUUCUUGUGAUCGCUCUUAACAGAGGCUUGAACUUGUCUCAAGUUGCUGGGGAGCAGGGACAGCAACAGGAGGGUGGGAGAGGAAUAUGGGUUGACAGAUUUUCAUGAGUUUGGUGCCAGUUUCUUUGUUGUUGUUCUUACCUGCAAAUGAUUCGAUUUGGUUUAUUUAAAUUAUCUACCUUUGCAAAAAAAGAACCUACUUUGCACAACUAGGUGUUUAUUUUGACACUUUAUGCACUUGGUGAUCUGAAAUCCAACACUGUAGCAUUGCAAAAAUCCUCUGUGGAUCAAAACCUCAUUUGGGGCACAGCCCAGCUAAGCACUUUCCAGUUAAGCUUUUUAAGAGCCAUUGACUUCAACUAAAGCAUGUGUGCUUAACUUUCACCAGUUGAUGACCAAUGGGACUUCAAAGUGCUUCACUCUGGCUGGAUAGUACCCCUUUGUUUCUGUGUUAUUGAUUGACUUAAGAAGCAAAACCACUGUAAUUGUAUUUUUGUUUCUGUUGUCCUGAAAAACGAGUGGAAACACUGUCUUUAUUGGUAAUGCCUUUUUCUUUUCUUUUUUUUUUAGUAUGAUCUGAAGUCCUAUUUGGGUCCACUCAAAACAGUAAACUUAUUUUCAUAGGUCCACUUCCAGGCCUGUUUAAGAAUCACUUUGCUUCUCUGUUUCAGGGAACACAUUUCAUUUUGCCCAUUAACACUUUUUUUUUUUUUACAGUGGUACUAAGGAUUUUUUAAAGUGAAAACAAAACACUAAACUGACCUGGUAAAAAGAUAAGAGAUGUGAAGUUUACACAAAACUAUAUAAGCUGUGUAUGCAGUUUUUAAAAUGUAAAGUAUUAAAAGAUUCUAUGAUUACA